GCAUAUGACAUUUACUGUAGUUUGCUGCAUUAGUAGGAAGGUGGACAAACUGGACCCGGAAAGUUAGUUUCAUCUUCCGAUUUAUACGUUAUUCAUUUAAUGACCCAAAUUAAUCGUUAAGGUUAUCUUAUCUACUUUUGAAAGAUUUGAAUCGAUGUUUAAAGCAAUUUCUUGCAAUGACUGUUGGUGAAGAUUAUCCUGUCAGAUAGACAAAUCAUUGUUAAAGACCAAGAAAUAAAGAAGAAUGCCUCCACCACCCCCGCCCCCACCAGGACCUCCACCACCUCCUUCAGCUCCAUCUGGUCCUGUGAAACCACCAUCUGGACCUAAAGCACGGGGUGCUCUCCUUAGUGACAUACAUAAAGGUGCUAGAUUAAAGAAGACAGUUACAAAUGACCGAAGUGCGCCAACUGUUGGAAAUGUGAAACCUGCAUCAAAUGGUCCAAACAGAAGUAAUGGGGGAGGUGGAUCAGCCCCUCCUCCAACGUCUAGUGGUGCCGGUGGCCUUGGUGGCUUGUUUGCUGGAGGAAUGCCAAAGUUGAGGCCAGCUGGAGAAAGAAAGCCACCAGGAGGAGCGGGUGGACCAGCUUUAAGACCUCCUGGCUCUCGAGGGCCUAAGCCAUCAACUCCAAAUACAUUGCAAAAUGGACGCCCUGGCAGCAAACCUCCUGCCUUUAAACCACAGAAUGAGACUCCUAGGGAAAAUUCGGGUGGAAAACCACAGAUGCCAGUUCCAAAUGCAAAUUCAAAACCUCUUCCCCCAAGACGGACAUCAUCCGCUUCUGAUGUGAAAGGGAGGCCAAAUGACAUAAAUUCUGGGCCUCCACCACCUGCUCCAGGACGGGGAGGACUGCCAGCUCCCCCUAACCAUGGUGGACUACCUGUACCACCUACACGGGGUGGAUUGCCACCACCGCCACCUGGCAGGAAUCUACCUCCACCACCACCAAGCAGGGGAGAUACAGGAGGAAGCGCACAACCUCCGCCACCAUCACAGACAAAAACACUGCCUGCCCCACCAGGGGGUCUACCUAGGCCAUCAUCAUCACCUCACCUGGCAAAUGAAAAUAACUCGCGUGGCAAAUCAAAUGGUCUACCAGCGCCACCUCCUCAAAGAGGAAGGGGAUUCCCACCCCCACCGCCAAGCUCUGCAGGACCACCUCCUCCACCACCUUCAAGGUCUGGGCCACCACUACCCCCUCCUCCAGCUCAAACUAAUAACAUGCCACCACCUCCAUCUCGAGGCCCUCUCCCUCCAGCCCCAAAUCAGUCAAACCUUGCAAGGUCUGCAAAUCGAGGGCCUGGUACUCCGCCUCCUCCGCCAAACAGGCUCAGCAGUGCAACGUUAGAGAGAGAAUUGCCACCGCCUCCUCCAUCUCGUGGAUCAGGCGGACAAAGACCUCCAGCCCCUCCAUCAAAUAGAGAUUUGCCACCUCCCCCUUCAGCUUCGCGAGGACAUGCUCCUCCCCCACCUAUUUCACGUAUUACAGACAGAGAGUUGCCUCCACCGCCAAACCAAAAUUUUCCUCCACCGCCGCCAAAUCGGUUCUCAUUACCUCCUCCUCCUGAUGAUUUGUUAAAUGGUAAUUCAGAUUUUGAGUCACGAUUCAAUUUCCGUAUGGAUUUCCCUGCACCGGAACCAUACAAAGACACCCCCAAAAGUUACCCAAGCAAGACUGGCAGAGGAACCCAGCGAAGGCCUGGACCAAGCAGAGAUGCACCUCUUCCGCCAGCUCCACCCGCGAGAGGAGCUCCUCCGCCACCGCCUCCUGGAAGACGAUAGUUCCAGUUCCCGUUUUGUAAAAGACAAUAGUAUUUUUCAAUUAGAAAAAUGUUCCCUUAAAUCCGCACAUCUCCAAAAGAUAGGUGCCAGCAGAUGCUCAGAGCGGAAGCAAAUAAAGAAAAUUCCAAAUAAAAACACGAUUUUACUCUCACCGUUCUCGAAAUCUGAAUGUGUUUUUGGUUAUAAAAUUGGCGCACAGGCAGCCCUUGUACGAGGAAUGUAAGUUCAUAUUCACAUCUUGUUUUCUGUCAUUGUCGAAAGCCUGUAUGGUCUAGGCAAGCACAAGUAUCUUAAAGGGUAGGAUCAAUGUCAAAAUAAUUUGAACAUUUGAUAAUCUUACUCGUAGCAUUAUAAUGCAUCUUAAGAACUGUUAUUGAUUGAAAAAGGCAUCGAGAUUUUGCUCGUUAUGCCACGUUGACUAAGGUCCCAAAGUUCAGUACGAAACUGUGGAGAUGGGUGGACGAUUCCUUGCUAAUGUUGGUCAAUUAACUUGAAAAAAUAUAUUUUAUAUAUCGACUUUUUUGGUGCACCUUAGUGUUUUUGCUUAAUUGUAACCAUUCUUAUAGAUAUUAGAACCAAUGUUGUAAAAUAUGUGUUAAAUGUGAUAGUGAUUGCAGGCAAGUAAUUAAUGGGUAAAUGUUGUAUAAUCUAAGUUGAACAAUUUUCUUAAUUCCAGAAUAUUUAGACUCCAGCUUCGUUGGGGAUUCCAAUUUAUAUGCGUAGUCCGUUGCCAUUUUUCUUACUUUCUUAUCAAAGGUAUCUGUUGCAAUUGAAAUAUAUUUGCGUGCCUGGAAACUGAAACAUAGUUCCAAUGAUAUUUUGAUUGGUCAUCGAAAUCUGCCAACAUUUCCCUCCAACAAAUGCUCCAGGUUUUCUAUUUAAAGUCAGUGUGAUGAAAGGCAUUGAUCUAUCCUCUACAGUCUUCAAUUGCCUCGGUCCUUCUCCGUGUUGUCAGAGCGAAACCUUUGACAAAUUAUAUGCCUUGCUGUUGCGAUUAAAUAGUCUAAAUUCGUCACAUUUUGGGCCAUUGCCAAUUUGUGAUUCUGGGUACAGAAAAAUUGGUUAUGCGAAAGUUUAUAUAUUGUAAUGUUCAUGUAAUAAUUUGUUUAACUUUUCUAGGUGGAGUGUAAACUAAUUUUCAUUAUAAAUUCGGCAUUGAA